CUGAUCCAGAAACUGCAACAUAGAUUUAUUUCUGGUAAAUCAUGCGUUACUAACCUCUUGGAAGUCCUGGACUACAUCGGCUCGGAAUUAGAUAAUGGCGGUCAAGUAGAUGCUAUUUACUUGGACCUGUCAAAGGCUUUUGACAAAGUCAGUCACUCAAGACUUAAACAAAAGCUGCGUAUGGCUGGAUUUGGCGGCAACCUCAUCCAAUGGUUCGACUCCUGCCUCACGAAUCGCCAACAACGUGUAACUGUACUUGGAGCCACUUCUGCCACCCUCCCACUUACUUCAGGUAUUCCUCAAGGCUCCAUACUUGGUCCUGUCCUCUUUGCCCUGCAUGUCAACGAUCUUCCUGAUGCUGUGAAAUUCAGUCAAGUUGCAAUGUUCGCAGACGACACAAAACUGUUUUCAACCAUCAAAACUAAGAACGACUGCGAACAGACGACAGAUCGGAACUAA